AUGCCUCAAGAAGUAGAAGCUGUAGAUAUGGCCGGUCACUACCCUCCAAAGAAGAACUACCCCAUUUUACAGCAAUGGCGAGCCGUCUUAUGUGGACUAGCUAUUGGUAGUCUCAUGUGUUUUUCGAACAUGUACUUUGGACUUCAAACAGGAUGGAUCUCCAUGAUGUCGCUUCAGUCAUCUCUUCUUGGUUACGCUAUCUUCAAACCAUUCCAGCACCGUCUCAGGACAAGGUUUGGCCCUAUUGAGAAUGUUGUUUUACAGACAACUGCUGUAGCUACUGCCACCAUGCCUUUGGCUGCAGGCUUUGUAGGAGUUAUUCCUGCACUGGAAUUGCUUACAACCGCAGAUAAUCCUGAUGGUCCCAUCCGACUUUCUGGGCUACAGCUCAUAUUGUGGUCUCUUGGAGUUGCUUUCUUUGGCGUAUUCUUUGCUGUGCCAUUACGUAAACAAACCAUUAUUAAAGAAAAGCUUCGAUUUCCAUCCGGAACUGCAACAGCUCAAAUGAUCAGUCUUCUUCACCAAAAGCAAGAUCCUACCAAACCAAAAGAUACUCGGUUGCGAAGAAGAAGGAGAACAUCGGCUGAGAAUGUUGGACCCAGUAAUCCUGAGCAAAAUCCUUUAUUAUCUCCUGUUGGUUCAUCAUCAUACUCUUCGGCUUCUUCGACAACUUCACUUACCGAAGUAGAAACUGCUGUGCAACGCGAGGCUUUUGAAACCAGUUGGAAUCUUAAGCUCCGAGCACUAGUCAUGUCAUUUGGUUUAUCCUCUCUCUAUACUCUCUUGACCUACUUCUUUCCUAUUGUCAGCGCUCUUCCAGUAUUUAACUGGAUCACAUUCAAUUUUGUUGAUUUUGCUGCUUGGGAGUGGUACUUUACUCCUAGUUUGAGCUAUGUCGGACAAGGGAUUAUCAUGGGUUUACCCACCACUUUGUCAAUGCUGCUCGGCUGUAUAAUUGGCUGGGGAAUAUUAUCGCCUUUGGCUUAUUAUGCAGGGUGGGCGCCCGGCCCGGUCAAUGACUGGAAGACAGGUUCAAAAGGGUGGAUAUUGUGGGUGUCAUUGGGCGUUAUGAUUGCCGACUCUGUUGUGUCGCUGGGAAUUGUGUUCAUACGAUCCCUAGUUAAGGCCAUACGUCAGAAUGCCUCUAAGCGACCUAACCAGGCACCAAAGAGUGCAUACAAUAGAGUUAGUCAGUCUGAAACACAACAAUGUCUUUCAGCAGAAGAGCAUAUUGAAGAAGAAUGGGAGGAAGCCGACUUAAACAAGAUCGAGGAAGAAGAGGACGAUGCGCCUGAGGAGCAACGCGUGUCUACUACGCUGACUAUUAUUGGCCUUACUUUGUCCACAUUUAUGUGUGUACUUUUGGUAAAAGUUGUAUUUGGGCCAGAUAUUCUGCCCAUCAGUAUGACCCUAUUAUCAGUAAUUGUUGCUAUGAUACUAAGCGUACUUGGUGUACGUGCCCUGGGAGAGACAGACUUAAACCCGGUCAGUGGAAUCGGCAAGAUUAGUCAGGUUAUUUUUGCUUUAAUAAUUCCUGGGGGUAUUGCAGCCAACUUGAUUGCAGGUGGCAUUGCUGAAGCAGGUGCACAGCAAGCAGGCGAUUUAAUGCAAGAUCUCAAGACAGGGCAUCUUUUGCGAGCAUCUCCAAAGGCUCAGUUUUAUGGACAAAUGAUUGGGUCUUUCUUUAGUGCUUUUGUUGCUACAGGUGCAUAUCUUCUUUAUCGCACUGUAUAUUCUAUUCCAGGCCCUGAAUUUCCUGUCCCUACUGCUCAAGUAUGGUUGGAUAUGUCAAGACUGGUGAAUGGUCAUCCUUUACCACCCCACGUCUCCGAAUUUGCAUUUGGAUUCGCAAUCUGCUUUACUGCGUUUGUCUUGAUCAAAGAAACUACUGCUAAUCGCACAUGGCACAAGUACAUUCCUCAAGGGAUUGCGUUUGCAAUUGGUAUAUACAACCCCCCUAGCUUUACACUUGCACGUGUAAUAGGUGGCUGCGUAAGCCAUUUAUGGAAUGUCUACUGCGAUAAAUUGGACAAUGUAAAAGAAGACAAUGAAAACUUGUCCUGGUUGGAUCGACAUAGAAGGGUUGCAGGAAAGGUUUUGAUUGUUAUUGUUGCGAGUGGAUUUGUACUCGGGGAAGGAACUUUUGCGAUUGUGAAUAUGACAAUGCGGGCAUGCAAUGUACCUCAUUUAUAGAUAAUGCUACAACAACUAUUUUCUUAUUUAUAUCUUGUAGCUUUCAUAUAUGUAUGUAUAUAUAUAUAUACAGACCCAUAUCAGUACUGAAUAAAAUUUUAAGAUUCCGCCAAAUCAAGGCAUC